CUUAAAUGCAUUGUUUAGUUUUUUUCUUUGGCACCUGUUCACGCUGAGCACUGACGUCAUCGGGUCAUUGUUCACUUUAAGACAACAUGGGGGCACCUGCCUCCCCUCACGCCACUCCGGCCUCUAGCCUCCUGCUCCUCCACACACCUGAGAGAUGACUCGUCGCGUGGCCGUGGUUGGGGGGGGGAGCUCAGGUCUGGCCUGCAUCAAGUGCUGUCUGGAUGAGGGGCUGCAGCCCGUCUGCUUCGAGAGCAGUGACGACAUUGGGGGUCUGUGGAGAUUCAAAGAGAAUCCAGAGGCCGACAGAGCCAGCAUCUACCACUCCGUCAUCAUCAACACCUCCAAGGAGAUGAUGUGUUUCAGUGACUUCCCCAUCCCGGCACACUACCCCAACUUCAUGCACAACUCCCUCAUCAUGGACUACUUCCGGAUCUACGCGGACCACUUCCAACUGUCUGAGCACAUCUGCUUCAACACCAAGGUCCUGCAGGUGAAGCAGAGAUCGGACUUCUCUCGUUCGGGCCAGUGGGACGUCGAGACGGAGAACAAGGACGGCCAGCAGGAGAAACACAUUUUUGACGCUGUGAUGAUCUGCAUCGGACAUCACUGCCACCCCCACCUGCCGCUGCACGACUUCCCAGCCCUCUACUGGGAGGGGAAACCCUUUGACAGUCUGCCUCUGAUGGCCAUGCUGUACAACGCGCUGUACCUGAGCACUCGGAGAGGAGCCUGGAUCCGGAACCGAGUAGGAGACUCGGGGCUUCCUACGGAUAUGCAGUUGCCCCGGCUGUUGAACUAUGUGAGGAACCUCGUUCCGAUGAGCCUGUUCAGCGGCCUGGUGGAGAAACGGCUCAACAAACGGUUCGAUCACGCUCUGUACAACCUGAAGCCCAAACACAGGUUGCUCAGCCAACACCCCACCGUGAACGACGAGCUCCCCAACCGCAUCCUGUCGGGAACGGUCCAGGUGAAGCCCAACAUCCGCAGGUUCCUGGGCUCCAGGGUGGAGUUUGAUGAUGGUAGCGUGGUGGAGGAUGUAGACCUGGUGGUGUUUGCCACAGGUUACAGGUUCUCCUUUCCCUUCCUGGCCUCACAUGUGGUCUCUGUGUCGGAGAACAACGCAACUCUGUACAAGUACGUGUUUCCUCCUGAGUUGGAACGCCCCACGCUGGCUGUCAUCGGCCUGGUGCAGCCACUGGGAGCCGUCAUGCCCAUCGCUGAGAUGCAGGCCAGGUGGGCCACGCGCGUCUUUAAAGGCUGCAUCAAGCUUCCCUCGGUGGCUUCCAUGCUGCAGGACGUCCGGUGCAAGCAGGAGGCCAUGGCUGAGAGGUACGUCUCCAGUCAGAGACACAACAUCCAGGUGGACUACAUCACCUACAUGGAUGAGAUAGCAGAGCAUUUUCUUGUGUAAAGUUCAAUUCACACACAUUUAAUUCUGAUGGUGAGCCUAUGGAAAAGGUCAUUAUGUCCAAGAGAAUAGGAUUGGUUUCCUUGUUACCAAAGAUUUACAAUUGCAGUCCCAUCAUGUUGCUGUCUGGAUAAAACAUAGCAACUGAUGCCAUCGUUGCCAUCAGGGACAUUUAUUAUCACAUAGAUUUGGCGUAUACUGUUUUUUUCUCAACACAUUGUUAAACUAAGAUACUUUAGUGACUACUUUAAGACAACAAUAAUUGCAACUCUGUCAUCAGAAUUUUAAAACAAUUUUUCUCUUUGUUCCAGAAUGCAACUUAUCUGUCCUCUUAUUUUAUUAUAUAUUUAGAUAGAUUUCAUGUAAUUUAAGUAAAAUAUUAAGUAGGAACAAAGUAACAAAAACAAAAAAGUUCUGCUAAGUGAGUGUGUAGCCAGGUUAUUUCAUUCAUCCAUCCAUUCAUUCAGAAUCAUGUGCGGUUCUUACAGUUGUCCACAAGGUGGCAAUACAUACAAAUCUGUUGUAGUGUUAAAGGGAGAUGCUAAAGUAUUUAGUUAUUCCUCCAGAUGCAACCCACCACCAAAUAAAGACUGAUAGAAUGUGCUUUUCCCCUCCGAAACAGGUCUUCACUAUGAAAUUGGAAGAAAUUAGAACAUUUUCUUCCAGGUCUCUCCAGAGAUGAUUUUGGUUUAGACAAACCCUCGUAAGAAAAUCUGUCAAAAAUCUGUCAAAACCAACCAGCAAAUUUAUAUUCAUGCCAAUCAAAGGUAAGGUAGAUUUCAGAUUUCUGUUUUCAAGAAAAAGUUGUCAAUCCAUCCCAUUCCAUUAUUUUUGUAUUCCCGGAAUUAUUCCAUAUUGUUGUUUUUGUAUACUUAAUAAUUUCGUAAAUGUUUCAUUUUCUAUCUUUUACAUUUUUUGAUGCAGUUUAAAAGUGCACUGAUUAUAUGCCAGCCACUCUCCAAUGAUUAAUGUUCAGUCUUGAUUCACUCUGGUCUCAAGCUCUACAUACAUAAUUUAUUAAGCAAAAAUAAUGAGCGUAGUAUUGAAGUGCGGCUCGCCUUUUCAUAUGCACCAUAACAGCAGUGACAUCAAGUGAUUAAAAUAUGAUUUAUGAAAACCUUAUAUCCAACAAGAAAGCAUCCCACAAUUACAAGGGUGCUCUGUAACCCCCCGUUUGCAUCAAAGUGAAGGAAGUACCAGAAGACACAAUCUCAGAGAAAGAAAUGAGGCUUUAUUUAUUGUUUUUAUUUGAUGGCUUAGUUUUCAAAUUUCAACAUACGUUAUCAUAAAAUAUGAAAUUGUUAUAUAGUUUGCUCUUUAUCCCCUUCCUUAUCCUAGCCCUUGCUUAAUUAAAUUAUUAUUUCAAACUGACUGGGCUCCUUCCUAAGCCAGGCCACUGCAAAUCUUAGUAUCAGAUACUGACUAGAUUGACGUCAAGAUGUUAGACGGAGGGAUGAGGCUGCAGGACUGACUGGACAGUAUCAUUGUUAAAGUGUGCAAGUUGUGUGUUGAUCCACACGGUGAUGCUACGUCUCUCUUCAAAAUUACAUAAGAACAGAUUAAAUUAAUUUUCAUUCAAAUAACUACAAAUUCAUAAAUGACAUGAUGUAUAGAAAUCCAAUUAAAUGGGUUAAUUCUGGUAAACCAAAAUAUUUAUUCCAGAGAAAAACAUAUGCAACAAGUGCCUCAAAGUGUGUCUUUUUUGCAAUGCACCUUGUUUUUAAAAAUGAAUUUGACUUGUUUGUUGCCUCGGUCCAAAUCCACUGCCUAGUAAAUCAUUUCUGACAAUGUGUUAGCACUUUUUAAUGAGGCCUGUUUUCCCUUGGUCCUCCUGGACAUUUAACUUCUAAAAUGUUUUGAUAUUAUUACGCUAUUGCAAUGUAAGCUCGAGGCAAACAUUUAACUGCCUGGACCUUUUAACUUCCCCUUCCUCCAUCUCACUUUGCUUAGUGUUUUUCUCCCAUGAGGGAAUUGUAUUUAAUACAACAAACCUACACUGCCAGAUGCCCAUGCACAAUGCACGCACAAGUUUGUUACAAUGUAUUAUUAAAUAUAUAUAUAGUAUAAUUAAAGUAUUAUUACAUUAUAUUAAUAAAGUUGGAUUCGCUAAAUCACAUCGAGAUUGAUGCAAUUGAUAUUUUAACACACAGUAUGUGAUUUUUUCACUAGUCGGAUGUCAUUUAAUUUUAAUUGGUAGCCUGCAGUUCUCACACACCUGAGACAAGUCUUUGACUUAAUCGAGAUUUUGUGAGAUGCAAAUGACUCCACAUGGCCAACUACACCAGAAAUCAUAAGGAUUCAAAGCCUCUUCGGGGUCCUUGAGACUUUCCUCAUUUAAAUAACCUUAAUAGACAUACACAAGCUUUUAAUUAAUUUAACACUGAAUAAAAAAGCAUGUAGGUCUAUAACAUUACCCAAUAAAGAAGUUGGAAGAAGAAGAAAUGGGUGUCCCGAUUAUAAGGAAGGAAAUAUAACUCAACUGCAAACUUUUUUUUAAACUACGACCAAUGAAGUAUUUCCACCGCUGCGUAAUUGCGUCACUUAUUGUGAAAGAGGUCACAGGAAGUUUUAUUUUUUUAGGAGUUCCUUAGGGCGUACCCGAGUAAUAUGAGCAAUAGACCGUAUUCACAAAAACGGAAAUGCGUAAUCAAUGUGGAAGUGGACUUCCUGUCAAGCGUCAACACAUCAGGAGAUAAUGGAGUCUUCACAACUUCGCUCACAGAUUUACCUACAACUACAUUUGCUGACUGGUUGCAAGACUGGUGGAGGAAAACUCCGUCACAAAAAAGAACAAAAUAAAUAAAUGGUACAUUUUUCCAUGAGGAAUUUGUCCAUCAGUAACAAGUUUACUUAAGUGAGAGCGAUCAGGCUAACUGUUAGCUACUGAACCGUUAACUAGAAUGACAAAUCAUUAGAGUUUCCUUUUAGACAUAAUGUAUGUGAAGUAUAGAGGAUAUAGAAUACCUUAAUAAAGCAGUAUAAUCUUUCAAUUAAGCAUUGUGGUAUCAAUUUGUUCUGUAUAGUUGUCCAAGUAAACGUCUUGUGUGUAGCGACAAUAAUG